AUGGCAGAUCAAGAAGAUGCACCACCACCUCAGAAACCCAAGGAAGUCGAAGUUCUCUCAGAAAGCAGUAUGACGUUGUUAGCGCGCUUCUUGGGGCAAGAGAACGACAUUGACAUUAUCAUGUUCGCCAUGUUGUUGAAUAUCCCUACUGCAGCAAUUAUCAGGAACAUUUUUGAUGUUAACCCUAACGGCUUCGGUCAAUCCAGCCCAUCGGAGAAGGUUUCUGUAUCGGAGAAAUGCGUUCUGAUGUGGAAAGAGUUAACUAAAGAGGGAAAAACAAGGGAGAGAAUUCGGGAACUGGAACGUGCCCUCCGCGAGAUGGAUAAAGGCGACGUUGCGGACACUGUGAUCGAAAGGCAUCAAAAUAAAAUGGAGUUAACACCCGAUGUUUUUGCUCAGUGA